AUGCUGGACAUGUGGGUUUGUUUGUCCACUUGCAUCAUUGGUGCCUUGCUGGUGCUGGUGCUCAGUGGCGUGGUAUGUCACAUGCGUAUUCGCACAUCCUGUUUAUCAAAUGAUAUCGGUUUUCAUAAUCGAGUUACACAAUUGCGCAGGGAAGCCGAGAACGACGAGCGGUCGGUCUACCUGCCACCAGUAUCACAAACUGAGAAGUGCAAAACUCCCCCGGGGGUACCCCUUCUGGGCCAUUCCCUGACGCUACGCGCCUGGCCCUCCUGGACAUGGUGGUGGUUCCGGAGCGGAGGGCCCCGGGGCGACCAGCUGCUACUGCGGGCGCUGCUGCGCUGGUCCGAGCAGUACGAUGGUGCAUUUCAGCUGCGAAACGGCUGGCUGGGUCGUCUGCUGCUGGGCGACCCACGGGUCGUGGUGGUGCUCUCAGAUCCGCCUGCCGUACAUGCGCUGCUGGCGCUGGGUGAAGACGCUGCUGUCAAGUCUGGGCGGUAUUAUGGCUCGUUGGAUCAGGCGAGUACGGCAUCGUACUCGACGCGGCACGAUUCAGCACGGCUUGGUAAUAGAAACAGUGAUCCAUGCGCUGGGAAUGCGGUUCUUCACCCGAAUGCCGUACCCAGCAGCGCUACAGCCACCUCCUCGGCCCAGUGGCGGUUACUGCGGAGGUCGCUGCUACACGCCUUUUCCGACUCGGAGCUUCAACUGGACUUUGAGAUCGCCAAAGCGAAGGCCCUGUCCCUAGCCAAUUUUGUGGUGGGGCUGGGCCCGGGGGCAGUGGUGGACGUGAACGACGCGGCGCUGAGGUUGAGCUUGGACGUCAUGGGGCUCAGCAAGCUGGGGUACGACUUUCAGGCGGUUGAGUCUCAAGGCGAGGUGCUGAUGCUGAGGCUGUUGGGGGAGGUUGCGGCGGAGUGGGCUGUACGGCGGCGGCGGCUGCUUGGUCGCUGGGCACCUUGGAUCAGCGAUGGCGCGGCCGAGGGGCAGACGCGAUGUCGCAUCCUGCACCACUUUAUCGAACAGGAGCUGUGGGCCGAUAUCGAGGCACGGGGUCCGCCCCCGCCGGAGGAUGUCACGCUGGCCGCCCAGCUGGCGAGAUUGAGCUCCCCCCCCGCCCGAGGUGCCCCCGUCCUCUCCGCGGACCGAACCGUAUCUGAGCUGGCCGCCCAGUUGCUGUUGGCUCACGGACCCACGGGUCACUCUAUCGCCUGGGCCCUUGGCUGUCUGGCAGCCCGACGGGGGGUGCAGGAAAAACUGGUGGCGGAGCUUAAGAAGGAGGGCAUUUUCAACGACCCGUUGCGGCUCACGUACGACAUGCUGUCCAAACUGCCGUAUCUGGACUGCGUCGUACGGGAGGUGCUGCGGCUGUAUCCCACCAUGCCCUGUCCUGCAACUGUACGGACUCUCAAAAAGGACGUGGCGUUACACGGCCGGACUCUAACAGCCGCCAGCGAUGUGUGGGUGGACGUCUUUUCCAUGCACCGAUCGCCAAAGUGGUGGAGAGAUCCGCAUCACUUCAAGCCGGAGCGCUGGACGGCGGUGGCAUCCGCGCCCACAUCCGUAACCGACACCACGGCGGCGGCGGCGGCGGCGGCUGAUACAGGGGUGUCCACGUCGCGGCAGCUGUACGACGGGCUGUGUACGGUAGAACCGGACGUAGACAACGAGAUCCAGGAUCCAGGAGAGGAAUCGGCGGCAGCGAAGCCGCCGCCGCCGCCGCCGCCGCCGCCGCUUCAGGCGGAGUCUCCGGCGGAGUCUCCGCCACCACUGGCGCCUUUGUGUAGUCCGGAGGCCUUUAUGCCGUUUAGUUUUGGUUCCCGAAGUUGUCUGGGCCAGAAACUGGCUGUGGCGCAGAUCAAGGCGGCUCUGGCGAUGCUGCUGUGUUUUCUGGUGUUUGAGCCGUCAGGUCCGGGGUCCGCCGGGGGGGGAUCAGCGGGGGAUGCGGUCGGGUCGGCGGGCGAGUCCGUGUCGGGAUCUCACGGCGGGGAGGGCGGGGAAGUGGCGCCCUGGGGACUGGGGCUGUUCUUGCGGCCGGAGGGUGGAAUGCAGCUGCUGGUGGCACCCCGGAAGAAAAAUAGUUGA